UGGCAGAAUCUAAGUUUAAUUUCUCGCGACAACAACAACGGAACGUACCUCGUUUUGAGAAAGGAGGGAUUUCGAAGUUGUACUAGCUAGGGUUUUCAGGUCAACAGUAACCACGGUAACCGUGGGAACAGCAGCCCGCCAUGGAUAUUGACGACGACACAACAGUGUUCGCGACUCUCAAGUCGUUCAAAAAUUUCAUCUCCCUGCCGGACGCCUCUCUCAACCAGGGGGAGCCAGCCCCAGCACAGAGCAACCCCCUGCAGAGGCAGUACCGGCAGAGGAUUGAGUUACUGGAGGCUGCGGAGAAGGUCCAGUCAAAGACCCAGCAGAUCCAUGAGGACCAGGAGAAGAGGCAGAUGGCAAUGAGCCACAAGAGAGCCCGCAUCGAGCUGGAGAAGGUGGCCUCGCUGAGCGCCAGAGACCUGGAGCGCGAGGUGGAUCGGAACCAGGAACUGCUGGGACGAAUCAGGCGCCUGGAAGAGAGGGAGGUGGAGUCCAGCAAGAGUCUGUCAGAGCAGGUUGAGGCAAACCGUGCUCUCCGUCGGACUCAGGAAACCCUCAACCUGAGAAUAAUGGAGAGGGAUGCCAAACUCAACGCCUCUUACCAGACGGUGAGCAUUUUAAAAGAUGAGAUCCGUGAGCUAAAGCAGCAGAUUCAGAGUAAGCAGAACAUCAUCGCCAACCAGACACUGGCGACCCAGGGACUUCAGGAACAAAUGGAACUACAACAGAGGAAGUACCAGGAAGUAUCUCAGCGAUGCCAGGAUCUCCAGUCUGCCUCGUCCACCUGCUCCGACCACGAACUGAAGAUCAAGGACUUAGAGAGGAAGUUGGCCCUCCAGGAACAGGAUGUUGUCAUAGUGAAGAACAUUAAGUCAGAGGUGGCCAAGGUCCCAGAAAUGGAGAAGGCUCUCCGACAACUGAGAGAGGAGAACAUCUACCUCAGAGAGACGAGAGAGAAUGUGACCCUGCUGAAGGAGGAAACUGAAGGAUUGAGGCGAAAGGUAGAACGGAUGGAGAAACUGAAAGAAGAGAUGGUCACCAUGGAGCUGGAGAAGGAGAAAAUAUCUCAGAAGCUUCAGGCCUGGGAAAACCUGGGUCAAUCUACUGGACUCGAUAUACAGAAACCUGAGGAUCUGUCCAGAGAGGUGAUUAAGAUUCAACAGAGAGAGAUUGCUCUUAAACAACAGAACUACACUCUCACCAGCGGCUGUAGGUCAGUUGAGCGUUCCAAGGCCGACCUCCAGGGGGAGCUCCUGGUUCAGCGUUCUAAAGCCCUGGAGGAACAGAAGAAGAGAGAGACACAGGAGUCUCUGGUCAGGCGGCUGCAGAAGAGAGUUCUUCUCCUCACCAAGGAGCGUGAUGGAAUGCGUUCCAUCCUGGAGUCUUAUGACAGUGAGCUGUCUACCAACGACUACACUCCACAGCUCACCCGGAGGCUCAGAGAGGCAGAAGAUGUAUUGAGCAAAACACAGAAUCACAACGCUGAGAUGGAGGUUCAGUUGACCAAAGCCCAGGAGGAGGUUGGCGCACUCAAACUACAAGUUCAAACUAUGGAGUUGGAUCUAGAGAGCCUGAAGAAGCAGCAAGCUUCUGUCGCCGAGGGCAACCCUUUAGUAACCACUGAGGAAAUCAACACCCUAAGGUUAAAGAUUGAGGAGCUGGAGGCCGAGAGACAACGUCUGGAAGAGCAGAACAAUGUUCUAGAACUGAGGCUGGAAAGACAUGACCUGGAGGGGGACUAUGACCCAGUGAAAACCAAAGUGCUCCACUUGGGCCAGAACCCCACCAGCAUGGCCAAGAAGCAGCGCCUGGAGGAGGUGGAGGCUCUGAGGGAGGAGGUGCAGUGUCUGAGAGAACACCUCCGUUCCCUGCAGACAGGGGGCGCCGUGCCCGCCGCUGUGGGGGACCUCGGUGUUACCGUCAACCUGCCGCCGUCACAGGAGAUCCUGGAUCUACGGAAGCAGAUUGAGAGUGCAGAACUGAAGAACCAGCGGCUGAAGGAGGUGUUCCAGAAGAAGAUUCAGGAGUUCCGGACGGUGUGUUAUGUUCUGACCGGCUACCAGAUUGACAUCACCACCCAGAACCAGUACCGGCUCACCUCGCUCUACGCCGAGCACAUGGACGACUCUCUGCUGUUCAAGGCCAGCGGGGGAGCUGUGGGCAGCGGAGGCAAUAUGCAGCUGAUGGAGACGGACUUCUCCAGGACUUUGGGAGAGAUGGUUGACCUCCACCUGCACCACCAGAAGAGUAUCCCUGCGUUCCUCUCCGCCGUGACCCUUGACCUCUUCAGCCGACAGACCACCAUGUGACCUGACCUUGCAUUGUUCAGAUGCGUUCCUUUCGGCUGUUGCAGGUCGUCAGCUGGUUAACGUCAGCUGGUUAACGUCAGCUAACGGGCGAGGUCCGUAUCCAGGCACCUAUUGACAUUCUUGGUGUCCUCAGACUGCCACCUCCAUACUGACCUGGAGAUGACCUAUGACCUUAGUGCCUGACCUGUGACAUCGUCAGCCGUGCCGGACUUGGAUCUAAUUAAAUGUUCUUUCUUUUAGAUUUGUUUUUAAAGCAGAAUGGACUGUCACUCUCCUCACAUUUGUUUUCUUUAAGGCUUUUAUUGACAGUUGGGGCUCAGCGGUAAAGAGGGGACAGUGUUGAAUGGUGGGGACUGGUACUGAACCCUGAAGUAGAAUAUAAGUAAUAAGUUGUGGAGGGGUAGUAUAUGGCCAACAUACUGCAGCUGUGACCUGUUUUUGGGCGUGACGCAGUACUGGAUUCAGCCCUUAGCUGUGGUAUAUUGACCAUAUACCACAAACCCCUGAUAUCCCGUAAUGCUGUUAUAAACCAGCUUACAACGCAAUUAGGGCAGUAAGAAGUAAUGUCAUAUCAUACCUGUUGUAGACAGUCAAAAACACUCAGCCAAUCAGGAUUUAGUGUACUGAAUAGGUAACCGGAAUCUAGUUGUGGUCUACAGUACAGACAGGAAUCUGACAACUUUGUCUUCCCUGAGGUUUAAGCUUUGUAACUUUUCGAAUCCUCGUCUUAACAGAGCCUUUCAUCUCCAACUGAUGUCUUUUACAUUAUAUUUGUAUCAGUUUACAUAAAGUUUGUGUUUUGUUUUAACUUUACAUUGGACAUGUUGUGGGAUGGGUAAUGUUAGGGUUGGGUGGAAUUGGGUCCUACUUCUGACCUUUUGGCUCUUUAUCUUGUCGGCUCCGAUUUCAUUGUAAAUUUUGUCGUGAUGUAAGUGUGGACUUAAUAAAGAUGUAAUGGAACUCCACCCUUCA